AUGGCAAUAGAAAUAGACGAUUCUUUCAAGAAACCUGGAGCUGUUCCAUUUAAAUGGGAGAUCCGGCCCGGUGUCCCUAAGAUCCAACAACAACAAUUACAGCAAAAACAGCUAAAGAAAGAACUAUUACCCCCGGCAGUGCCAUCACCAUCACCACCUUUCAAUCACCGUCGUCCAUCACCAAUACCUCAAGUACAAAAGCAAAAGCUUAAACCUCCACCAGCUGGAUCCAUUUUUCUCCCUUCACCCGAGCCCCGUGCCCUCUCAUUUCGCUCUGCUCCACGUAGCCGGUCUGAGCGUUGGAGGUUCGAGCAACCCACCCGUGUCCGACCUGAAUGUGUUUCACCUGGGUGUUUCCCAUCACCUCUAUUAAGGAGAAAAGAAAGCAAGAGGUGGACUAGCACCAAAAUAGCUAGACCUGCAACCGAACCUGAUUAUACCUCUGAUCUUGACACACUGUCUCGGUGGUCCAUUUCAAGCAGAAAGUCACUGUCGUCAUUCCCUGACUCACCAGCGUCCUCAUUUUCAUCAUAUCGGUCAUCACCUCGACCUGUGAGUGAUGCUGAGUGGGCUGGGUUUGGACUUUUUUGA